ACUCGCACCACCACCACCUCUUGAAUCAAGCGCAAACCCCCGCAAGUACCACCACCUCGCAGCAGAUGCCCCAUCAUUAGCUCCCACAAUCCAAAUCCAAAACUCACCCACCCCCUCCUCACUCCCCCUCGCACGGCGCGCGACGGCCGCCAUGACGACCGGAUCCGACGCCCCGCCGCCACCAGGCUACGCCCACGGCCCGCCGUCCUACCCGCAGCGCCGCCCGCACUACGGCGGCGCCGGCUCGCCCUCCUACGGCUCCUCCUCCGCCUCCCUCCGCGGCUGCUGCUGCUGCAUCUUCAUGCUCGUCAUCUUCCUCGCCCUCCUCGCCCUCGCCGUCGCGCUCGUCGUCAUCCUCGCCGUCAAGCCCCGCAAGCCCCACUUCGACCUCAACCAGGUCUCCGUUCAGUACCUCCUCGUCGCCCCGCCCUCCGCCGCCGCCGCCGCGCCCGCCGCCGCCUACCUCUCCCUCAACAUCACGCUCCUCUUCACCGCCGCCAACCCCAACAAGGUGGGCAUCCGCUACGGCGCCACGGCGCUCGACGUCAUGUACCACGGCGUGCCGCUCGGGGUGGCCGCCGUGCCCGGGUUCGAGCAGCCCGCGCACAGCACCCGCCUCCUCCAGACCCGCGUCGUCGUCGACCGCUUCAACGUCCUCCAGUCCGACGCCCAGGACCUCAUCCGCGACGCAUCCCUCAACGACCGCGUCGAGCUCCGCAUCACCGGCGACGUCGCCGCCAAAAUCCUCCUCCUCGGCUUCUCCUCCCCGAAAGUACAGGUGUCGCUGGAUUGCGCGAUCGCCAUCAGCCCCAGGAGGCAGUCCGUGACGUACAAGCAAUGCGGCGUCGACGGGCUCAGCGUGUAGGAAGCAACCAAGCCAACCUCCUCCUCGCCGCCGCCGCCGCCGCAGCACGGCCGCCGAAGGAAGCUGGACUACUGCUAUAGUCUAAUUAAUUAUUACUGCAGAUGAUAGAUAUGUGGAUGGGAAGGAACCUGUGCGCCGAUUCUAAUCGGGUCCUGAUUCCUCACUGUGUGCGUGCGUGGGGGCCUGGUAAAUUUCGAGCUCUCCCCUUAGCCUUAGACGAUCGCGCUGAUUUUUGUGAAUUACCGGAUGCCAUUACUAGUGAGUAUAUGAAUUGCUAGUGUGAUUGAAUCACCAUGGUUAUUAGUUCUA